UCCAGAUAUGCAUAAUAUGUCCUUAGUUCUUUACCAUAAUCCCGACGCGCUUACUUCUACUCUGCUUUGCUCGACUUCUCUGUUAACGGCUAACAAUCCCGUUCACAGUUUAUGAGCAUUAUAUUCCACCAUAAAAGUUGAAUUUCUUUUUAUCUUGUUGGGCCGUAGAUUAUAUAGAUGGCGGCGUCUAUUGCUAGCUGCAACUUCAGCAUUUCAGGUCCUUUUCAGUUCAAAGUUGGCAAAGAUUGUUCGGUUCUGUUUCAUUGCUCUAAUAGGUUCAAACCCAGAGAGCAGCCUUCUGUUCUGGUGAUGCCUAAGAAUAGAACUACCUUAAAGAUUGAGAAUACUUUACGAGCAAGUCAUGAUGUCAAAUGCAGCUCAUAUGCCCCAAAAAAUUAUCUGCGCUUGAGUGUUGAUAAUAGUGAUGAACAACAAGGUUUUGGAUACCUAAUGAAUUGGUUCAGGGCAAUGAAAACUGUUCUAUCAUUUCUUGCUGAACAGCCAAGUCAGCUGAAGUACAUAGAAUGGCCAAGCAUCCAGACGACACGAUCUCAUCACCAAUCAUGGAACAUGAGUACAUGCCCUGUGAGAUAGAUAUAUGAAAUUUCUGUUUAUCCGUUUUGAUUAAGCUGAAGACUGCUAGCCUGGCCCUUGCUCUAGUCGGUCUGUUUAUCAUCGCAUUGGCAUCCGUUGAUUCUGCUCUAUGUUAUGUAUUGGCUUUCCUUUCAAGAAGGGCAACUUGAUAGUGAAUUCUUCUCUGUGUUAUGUAUCUUUAUAACUGAUUUUUUUGUAAGAAUUAUUUUCAUUUGCUUGUGCUUUCAAGAAGUUAUUUAGUUUAUACGUAGUAUAUUAUAUGAAAAGUAAUAAUAGAAGUUUGUUUGUAGUGUUUGAAAACAAAAA